AUGGGGAUUGGUAUUACAGAAGAACGAUCAGAAACAUUUAAACAGAAUAAAGGUUACUUUAGUGAUAUAAAUAAUGUUGAUUAUAUGAAAAAAAUAAUAUAUUUUUUAGGAAUAUUUAUACGUGUUAUAACUUAUUAUUAUGGAUUAUGGCAAGACAACAAUUUAAAUGUAAAAUUUACAGACAUAGAUUAUUAUGUGUUUUCGGAUGCUGCAAAAUAUGUAUUAAACAAUAAGUCACCAUAUGAUAGAUAUACAUAUCGGUACACACCAUUAUUAGCUUAUUUAAUGAUACCUAAUUUUAUAAUUAAUUUUUCGUUUGGAAAAUUUCUUUUUUCAUCAAUAGAUUUUCUUGUUAGUAUUAUUAUAAUAAAAAUAAUAAAAAUAAAACAUCCUGAAACUAUAAAUUAUAUUUUAUAUGCUUCAUUAUGGCUAUUAAAUCCAUUAGUUAUUACAAUUUCACUUCGAGGGAAUGCUGAUUGUAUACCAUGUUUACUUGUUUUAUUAACCAUCCUUUUUAUUUAUCAAAAAAGAAUAUAUCUUUCGGCUUUUUUUUAUGGAUUAUCCGUUAAUUUUAAAAUAUAUCCAAUUAUCUAUGCCUUGCCAUUAAUGCUAUAUCUAAAUAAGAACUAUUUAAAUAAGGAUAAUAUAUUUCAAUUGAAACAAAUAAAAACAGAAGACAAAUACAUAAAUAAAAUUAGAAAUAUUUUUUAUAUAAUAAGGAAUUUCUUCAAAGAGUUAUUUAAAUUAAACAGUGAUCAACUUAAAUUUUCACUUUUCAGCUUUACUACCUUUCUAGCUUUAAACAUAAUUUUUUACGCAAUAUAUGGAUAUGAAUUUUUAUACGAAUCAUUUAUUUACCAUUUAGUUAGACAAGAUCAUAAGCACAAUUUUUCCCUAUUUUUUUAUGUUAUGUACUUAACUAUUGAAAAUAAUUCAAAGAUUAUUCCGCUAAUAACAUUUAUACCCCAAUUUAUUCUUGUUGCAUUAUUUGGCUUUAAAUAUGCAAAAUUGAAUUUAGAGUUAUCCAUGUUUUUACAAACACUAUCUUUCAUAGCAUUGAACAAAGUCAUCACAUCUCAGUACUUUAUUUGGUGUAUCCCUUUUCUUCCAAUCAUAUUAAAUUCUAUAACCUUAAACAAGACCAAUUUAAUCCUUAUAUUUUGUGCAGUAUUGCUUUUUAUUAUAGCUAAGGCACAGUGGCUUUUUUGGGCUUAUUAUCUUGAGUUCAAAGGAUAUAACACCUUUAUACAAAUAUUUCAUUCCUCAAUUUUAUUCGUUAUAUCGGAGAUGGGUGUAUGUUGGAUUUUUAUGUACAUAUCUUUUAAGGAAGGGAAGCCAAAAAAGGUGUUAAAGGAAUAA